ACAAAUUAAAAUUAUCCGUAUAAUACAAUAUAUUUAAAUUUUAAAGUGUCUAAAAUCUUUACAAUGGAAAAAAUUAACAUAACUGAAGGAAAGCGCUAUUACAAAAACAAAGAUAACGUUGUCGAUUUGAAAAAAAAUAAUAACAGCUACAUAAAGCUAAAUCAAAAAGAUUACAAGCUUAGCAAAGAUAGAGGCGAUUCUAAUCCAAUAAGAAAUAGCAAAGAAAAAAUUGAAAGCAAGAACAUACAACAUGUAAAAUUAAAUUCUCGAGUAACAGAUUUGAGUGUGCCCUCAAAACCUGUUGAAAAAAAAGACGUAAAUAUACAGGAUAGCGAGAAGAAAGGAGACAAAGAUAAAAACAGUAAAACAAGGAAUUUGCUAGAUAGACGAUAUGUUACUAAAUCUAAGAAUACAUUGGAUACAAAAGAUGAAAUUAAUAAAGAUCGCUCGAAGGCACGUGAUGACGUUAAAAACAUAACACAUGAAUCUAAACCAAACGUAAAAAUGGAUAAAACACCACACACAAUUAACAAAACACCCUUAAUCAGAACUAUUACUGAUACUAACGACGCAACAAAAAUAUAUAAAGCGGUAACAUUUACCGAAACAAAACCACAAAAAUCAAUGCAGAUCAAAAUACCGGACAUUGUUAACGUUAAAAAAACUUAUAUACCAAAGUUAGUCAACAGACAUCAAAGAAAUAAAAUAGACAAUAAGAAUAUUGUAGAUGAGAAAAUAACGAACAAAAAAAAUUGUAAAUUAGAUAAAAGAAUCAAACACAAGAGGGAAGUGAUAUCACCGAUACGCGAACGACAUGGCGUUUCGCCGCCAACUGAAAUAGCGAAAUGGGCGCCAAACAGUAUCACCGAUCAUACGAAGCCGUACUACGAAGCUUGGAUAAACACAACAUUGGCAGCGAUGUGUAGUAAAAAGGACAGAUUAUAUUUAGAGAAGAAGAAAAUUUGGAAAACAUUCCAAAAAUCACUUGAACAGAGACCAUUCAGUCCUGAAUUGGUUUACGAGAAUUAUGCAGAUGAACGUUUUACGGGAAAAAUUAGAGUUAACCACAGUUAAUCAAUAAUAGUGAAAAGAAGAUUUUAGUAAGGGCUAUUUUUUUUAUAGGCGUAAAUCGAUCUAUAUACUGACAGCAUUAAUAAAUAUUUGUCGAGUUAGUUUA